AAGCUAUAAAGGCGUGUCUUCUAGCUUUUUAAACUAGUAUUUAUUUUUCAUUUUUUAUUUUGUGGACUUAUGGUAGUGAAAUAUCUUACGAAUCAUUUCGUGAUAUAAUCAUUUCAGUUAAAGCUUCACUGUUGCAUGGAGUUUUUCCUGUCAACUUAGAGUAAUCAAGUUCUUCAAUCCGAAUACCGCUUGUCCAGCAACAAACAGUCGCGAGCCUAGAUAAAUGACUGCAUGAUCGACUGAACAACCUUGCAUCUUGUGGACGGUCGAAGCCCAACUCAAGAUUAAUGGCAACAUUCGCAAUGAACAAGGUGAUAAUGCACUACUUUGAAAAAGUAUCUGCCUCAGUUGUGCUGUGCCGAGUACCCACACCAACAAAGAGGUUAUCCUACUUCAUUGUGAUACUGAACAUUUUCUCAGUUGCUCUGUAUGUACUGACUGCAGUGAAAACAAAUUUCAUCAUCAGACUGAUGUGGUCCAAAUGCUUGAUUCAUUUGAGGGCUGCCUUGAAUAUCGUACAACCCGACGUUCGAGAGCCGAUAUACGUUACUGCUGAUUUCACAUUUUUUGGUUGUAUGGUAAUCUAUAGCGCUAUUUCGAUAGCUACAAUAGUGACCUUCAACAUUCGUCUUGACUACAAGGAACUGUUUGUGGACGCAUUCGCGAACAUCUCCCAUAUAAUCGUGACGAGUCUUGUCUGCAACGUAACAGAAAUGAUAAAGUUGUGCUACAAACACUACGAAUCGAUGUUAGAACAUGCUUUUAUGAAGAACUACGCUGAUCAGUAUACGAUUUCAAUCAUAAAAAAUGUGAAAGCCAGCUACUUGGAAGUGACCUUCGCAACAGAUCGCCUGGUAUCUGUGUUUGGGUUGACUGUGGCGCUGCUGUACUUGAGAACUAUUGUGGCUGUUGUGUACUGUCUAGUAGUGAUAGCAACUGGAGAUAGUACGCCUAGACUGCGACUAUACAGUAUGCUUCUCGUUCAUUCAGUACUGCCGAUUGUGAUAUCGCUUUGUUGUGACUCAGCAGCAAAGGCCUCAGAAGACCUCACAGACAAAUGCUUUGAACUGGACGUCCGCACUUACACAAAUGGUUUCGUCGAAAGCGAAAUGGAAAGCUUGAAAGAGCUGCUGGUGACACAGAAACCAAAUUUAACAGCUGAUGGAUUCUUUACGACCAACAGACCCACCUUGCUGUCUGCUGUAUCUGCUGCGGCAACUUAUUUUAUCGUUUUUCUGCAGUUUUGGCAGGCAGGCAUCCAGAAUGUCAAUUAAGCUGAUCAGCUAUGAAAGAAUAGCUUUUAGCUAAUUUUUUUCCCUUCCGUGGCUGUGUUGUAAUGCGCAAGUGCAUGUCCAAUAGAUAGGGUGAAUUAUUAGUGUAUAAUCGGUGUAUACGAGGGAUGUCUUUUAAGUUUUGCAUAUGGAAAUAAAACAACACGGUAGGUAGUUUUAAAUGACCUUAUUGUUUUUCGAAGUAUUCUCCACGAAGAUAAUACACAUCUGCAUGCGCUCGAACCAAUUUUUGAAGCACUUAUUCCACUCGUUUGCUGGCUGAUCCAAAACGGCAUUUUUGAAUGCGUUAACUGCUUCUUCUGGUAAAUGGAACCUUUGACCACGCAGUCUGUUUUUCAUUUUCGGGCAAGCAAAGAAAUCGUUAGGACUUAGAUCGGGACUAAAUGGAGGAUGGUUCAAUAAUUUCACGUUUUCUUCCGUUAAAUACUGCCUUGUUUUUUGGGCUGUGUGCGAGCUUGCAUUGUCUUGGUGGAGGAUGAUUCUUCUUUCGGGGUUGAUUUAUCGAAGCUCGGUGAUGACUUUUCGCAAACAAAU